AUGGGGAGUUUGACGGGUCAGCUUUGGGCUGAUUUAAUGGGUUCUGCCCAAACCAGCCCAUCAGGAAAAUUCUUUUUGCCCAACCCAUUAAAUGCUGGGCGGGUUGAAUGGGUUUGGGCCAAUUUUGGCAGCCCUAGAUCUGAGCAUCUAAUUGAUUUGAAGACAAAAAGUGUAAACAAACCCAUUGCAUUAAACCCUAAAUUUCACCUCCCUCCACUUGAUAAUCUUGGUGUUGGUUUUGUUAAACGAACAUUGAGAUUAAUCGGUUCAUGUAAUGGUUUCAUUGGUUUGUUGAGUAAGAAUCAUUCAGUUUAUGUUAGCAAUCCUCUUGUGGGUGAGUAUUUCAAGGUUAAAUUGCCCAAAAGGGAAAAAGGAGUUCUUCAGAUUAUUUAUGGAUUUUGCUUUAGUGAGGUUUCUGGACAGUGUAAAAUAUUGAGAUUAAUAAUUAGGAAGUUCCAGGGUCAUGAUCAUAAAGUAUCUGAAUUGGAGGUUUAUACUAUUGGAGUUGAUGCGAAAUGGAGAAAUGUGGGCAAAGCUCCAUACCCUUUAUGGGGAUCACUUAGCAAUGUUAAUGUGAAUGAUACUCUUCAUUGGCUAGAUGAUGAAGAUACUGAAAAAGGUGCCAGAAUUUGCUCCUUUAAUAUUACGACAGAAGAGGUGAAGCCCGUGCCAGCUCCACCCGGUCUGAAAACUCCAUCUGUGUUGUUGAUGCUGGCAAAGUUGGGGAAUUGUCUGUGUUUAUCUGAUAUUAGCUAUGAACAGCAUGUUGAUAUAUGGUGGAUGAGAGAGUAUGGGGUUGCUGAAUCUUGGACUAAAGAUCGCAUUUUGAUGGAUUCUAUUCCGUGUGAUAUCUGUGAUACUAAAUAUAUACCGACCAUAAUUUGGAAAGAUGGAGAAAUCUUGAUGCGAAGCCAUCGUGGCACACACCUCGUUUCUUACAACCCAAAAGAGAAGAAGUUCAGGAAGGUCCAUGUUUACGGUUUUGGCAUUGACGCGACUAAAUACGUUCCAAGUUUUUACUCACUCAAUCCAAGUUUUUACUCACUCAAGACUGUCAUGGGGGACGAUUUUCAAGUGUCAAGUGUUUAUCCGAAGACUCAGACAGUUUAG